AUGCACGCCGUGAUAACUUUUAUCGACGUCAAAAUAUACAACGUGGAGCCGGUGGUGGUGUCGAUGCAGCGCGACUAUCGGCGCUGGUGGAGCACCUUCCCCGCCGUCACCGCCUGCUUCACCGACCGCGUGGAGCCCGACAAGGCCAAGCUGGCCAUCGAGAUGAAUUGGAACGUGACAGAAGAGUCUGACCCGACCCGCUACGCGUACUACGCCGGGUUCAUCGACCUGGUGACUGACGUGUCCUUCAGGAGCAACCUGCAGAACUUCUGGAAGUACCAGAACGAUGAGUCCGUGAGGGGCAUCGAUCUGCUGCAGCUGGCUCUGAGCGUGCACCCGACUAUACUGCUGAAGGUCAUGGUUUCGGACUCUAUUAAAGAGGUGUUCUGGAUGCCAGUCAUGACAGAGGUGGGCAUGUGUCUGACCUUCAACUCGAUGUAUGCGAGGUUCCAGUUCAUGCUGCCAGACAUGGAAUGGCACCAGAGUGAACUGCAUAAAUGCCACUACCAUAGCGGGCAGUGCUAUGUCAGGAUCGACUCCGUGAACAAUGGUGUUAGGUAUUUCGUCCAUUCUCCGUUCGAGAUAUCCACCGCAAUCUCCAAUCCGACUGGAGAGGUAAUGCCGGGGGAGGAGCUGAUUAUCGACUUUAAGGUCAGGAACAAAAUAAAUCGUCAAAUGCUUGAUUGA